AUGUACAUGUUGUGCGACUCUGACAACGGAUACUGCUGUCAUGUUGAGCUGUAUAAUGGGAAAGAUGGUCAGGUUGUAAGCGAGUUUGGGAAAACAUAUGAUCUGGUAGUACGUCUCAUCGCACCAUACCUGAACCAGGGAUAUUAUUAUCUCAGCAACCCUCAUCUGUUCUAUUACCUCUACCUAAAUGCAACUCUAGCCUGUGGAACAUUACGUACAAACAGAAAAGGUGUACCUCGCCAGCUAAAGGAAAUGCAUGUUGCAAAAGGAGAUAUUUAUACAAUGAACAAUUCUACCCUUGUUCUUGUCAAAUUCGCAGACAAAAAAGAUGUGACAUUGCUGACAACUGCACAUGAAGGUGUGAUGAUGAACUCUGGCAAAGUAGGUGAAGAUGGUCUACCGAUAUCCAAGCCAGAUUGUGUCAUGAGCUACAACAAGUAUAUAGGUGCAGUAGACAGGUGUGACCAAAUGGUCGUAAAUGGUAUAUUUGAGAGAAGGACCCUCAAAUGGUGGAAAAGGGUAUUUUUUCACACUGUAGACUUGACUGUUGUCAACUCAUACCUCCUGUACAAACACCAGACCCCAAAUGCUGUACAACAGCGUACUUACAGAUGGGAGCUGGUAUCCCAACUGAUACAGACUGCCGAGGUAUCGGGACCCCAACAGAGAGGAAGGAAACGACCUGCUGCAGAGGUGAUACAACGUCUUCAUGGUCGCCACUUUCCAUCUCAUCUGCCUCCAACAGAUAAAAGGCAAUGUGCAAAACGGCGUUGUGUUGUUUGUGGUCCAGCAGAAAUGGAAAUUUUCAAAUCCUCAAACCCUGGUGUACUAAUCGUACAGGAAGGGAGACAACCUACCAGCGUAAACAGUGCAAAGUGCCACUUUGCGUGGACCCCUGCUUCGAGCUAUUUCAUACUAAAGCAGAAUAUGUAUUGGCAUAUAAAUGCCUGA